GUGACGUCACGGGCCCAAGGGCCCGCCAUGGCCGCCGUCUUCGACAUCGACCUGGAGACUGAGGAGGCCAGCGACGGGGACGGGGACCCCGAGCUCAGCCCCGCGGAUGUGGACGCCGAGCUCAGGGCCGCAGGCCUCGAGCCGGCGGGACGCUAUGAGGAAGUGGAGCUGUCCGAAAGCAGCGUGAACCCGGGCCCCGAGCGCAUCGGCCCGCACUGCUUCGAGUUGCUGCGUGUUUUGGGCAAAGGGGGCUAUGGAAAGGUGUUCCAGGUGCGAAAGGUGCAGGGAACGAACACGGGGAAGAUUUUCGCCAUGAAAGUCCUGAGGAAAGCCAAGAUCGUGUGUAACGCGAAAGACACGGCGCACACGCGUGCCGAGCGUAGCAUCCUGGAGGCGGUGAGGCACCCGUUCAUCGUGGAGCUGGUCUACGCCUUCCAGACCGGCGGCAAGCUGUACCUCAUCCUCGAGUGCCUCAGUGGCGGGGAGUUAUUCACGCACCUGGAGCGCGAGGGAAUCUUCAUGGAAGACACCGCCUGCUUUUACCUGGGCGAAAUCACCCUGGCCCUGGGCCACCUGCACUCCCAAGGCAUCAUCUACCGCGACCUCAAGCCCGAGAACAUCAUGCUCAACAGCCAGGGACACGUCAAGUUGACGGACUUCGGUCUGUGUAAGGAGUCCAUCCACGAGGGAUGCGUCACCCACACCUUCUGUGGCACCGUGGAGUACAUGGCCCCCGAGAUCCUGGUUCGCAGCGGCCACAACCGGGCCGUGGACUGGUGGAGCCUGGGCGCGCUGAUGUACGACAUGCUCACCGGAUCGCCGCCCUUCACCGCCGAGAACCGCAAGAAGACCGUCGACAAAAUCCUCAGGGGGAAACUGACGCUGCCUCCCUACCUCACGCCGGACGCCCGCGACCUCCUCAAAAAGUUUCUGAAGCGAAACCCCAGUCAGCGAGUCGGAGGCGGGGCCGGGGACGCCGCCGACGUGCAGAGACAGCCCUUCUUCCGCCACAUCAACUGGGACGAUCUCCUGGCUCGCCGAGUGGACCCUCCAUUCCGGCCCUGUCUGCAGUCCGAAGAGGACGUGAGUCAGUUCGACACGCGCUUCACGCGGCAGACGCCCGUGGACAGCCCGGACGGCGCGGCCCUCAGCGAGAGCGCGGACCAGGCCUUCUUGGGCUUCACGUACGUGGCCCCGUCGGUCCUAGAGAGCAUCAAGGAGGGCUUCUCUUACCAACGCAAACAGCGGUCGCCCCGCACCCCCGUCAGCCCCCUCAAGUUCUCCCCCUUCGAGGGGCUCAGACCCGCCGGCGCCGAGCUCCCGGACCCGCCGCCGGCCGCGGGCACGGCCCCCCUCCCCAUCCGGCCCCCGGCGGGCGCCAAGAAGGCCAAGAAGGGGCGAGGGCGCUGCGGCCGCUGAGGAGCCCGGCCCCGGGCCCACCCCCUGCCCGGAGGACGGUGGGGUCCGGGGGGUCCUGGGGGGGUCCUGGCGCUGCUCCCGCUGCCACU